CUUCGAUUUUCCGGUCGCGCGAGAUUUUUUUUGGUUACCGGAACCGGUAGUAUUCGUGCGGCAGUAUUUAAGCCGAUUACAAUGGUAAUUUCGUUCCAGUCUGGUUUUGUCUUCAAAAUCAGACACAAAAGGAUAAUCAGAGCCCUUUGUUUGUUCAAGGAUCGGAUAUCAGUUAAUUCUUUGGAUUUAUAUCAGUGCUCUUCUAUCGUCUUCAUGGAGUUCCAGCGUGUUGAGCAUAUGGAUAAUGUGGGCGUGGCAGGCCUUGAUGUGGAUGUUGUCGGUGUUGAUAGGAUUGAGGAUAUGGCAGGUACCUUUAUACCUGGCAGCAUGAAGGACUUCAGGAUAUAUGUAUCGGACACUUAUUGUGUUGAUAUUUCAACUGCUGCUGUUGGAUUUGAACUGAAAUUUGGCCACUUAGAAUAUCUUCUUCACAACAACACUGUUGUGAAUGUGGUUGAUGCUGUAUUCAGUUUUUUUGCAAAAGUUGGCAUUGCAACAACCAAGGCUACAGUUGACAAUAAGGUUCGAAGGCAUAUGUCCGAGAUGAAGAAUUUUUCCAGGAAGAUUACCCGCAGCUGGCACCUAGUUGCACCUUACCUGGAUAAAAUUUUUUCUAUCGAUGCUGCUGGUAAAAAGAGACCUGUCCAAGACAGCACUGAACGACCUAGUAUGGUGAAGAAGUUGCGACCUGAAGGUGAUGUUGAGGCCACUGAAGGGCCAGGUAACACAGAACGACACUGUGCUCGUUGUUGCACACAACGACAGCAUUUUGUAGCUCACAGUGCCAGUUUGUCCGAAAAACUGCUUGUCAGCAGAAAAGCGGUUCGUCUUUUAAGGAAGCGCUUCAACACCAGAAGAGUCAAUCAGGAGCUUGGUAGGAAAUCUACGCUGAUAACAUCUUAUCGUCAAGUGAAAGCUACCCUGAAGAGUGAAAAUGAACGCCUGAGUGAAGAAAAUCGUCAGAUGAGCUUGAAACUGAAGAAGGCAGCAGCUGAACUUUCUAAGUGGAAAAGAAUUGCUAAGAGAAGAUCAGAGCAGAGAAACCUUUUGAAGGACAGAAUUCAGUCGUUAAAGUUAUCUUUGGAGGAAGGCAAGGUGCGGAUAGAUGAACUUGGGGAGAUGCUGACUGAUAGCUAUUCCAGCCAUUCUACUCAGAGCAUCCGCCUGGCAGGAAAGUAUGAUGCCCCAUUUCGUAAGUGUCUCUAUGCUUGUUUGGAGAGUCAAGUGCCAGUAGAAAAAGCAGGGCUUCUUGUCAGGUACAUUUUAAAUGAACUGACACACGUUUCAAUUGUGAAGAUUCCUGCUCCAUCUACUACUGCACAGAUGGCUUAUGAGAUGGGCAUCAUAUCCGAUUUGCAGUUGGCGGAGGCUUUGUAUACAGCACCAGCGCUGGUAGCAACAUUGGCUUGGGAUGCCACAACUAUUGAUGGCUCGCAUUUUAAUGAAGUAAAUUUAUCAUUUGGUGGGAAAACAUUUACACUAGAGAUAGGUAAACUUGGGGGUGGGUCUACACUAGAUUACUUUGAGCACAUUGUAGGUAUUAUUAGAAAUUUAGGGACAACAUACUCCACAUAUUCAGGCAUACAACAACAUCUAAUACUGUACAAAUUUAGGGAAAUGCUUCAGACAACACUUACAGAUAGGGCCCCCGUCAAUAGUUGUGUUAGCCAGCAACUCAGUCAGCUCUUUGCUAAAGAUUUGUUAGUCUUGCACUGUAACCUUCACCCACUUGAUGGCUUGGCGAGUGAAGCAAAGAAAGUCCUCAGAAGGUUCGAUGCAAAGUAUUCAGUGAAUAGCAACACUUUCGGCAAGGAAGGGAAAGCUGCUAACUUGAUUCAAGCAGUUUCAAAACUGAGACACAAGGCAUCAACGGGUGAUCCAUCUAGCUUCAAGGCUUUUCUAAGACUCUCAGAUCUGAAAGUUGGAGUGAUUGUCAGAUAUGUGGGGAACAGACUUCACAUCCUGUUCCACUCUGCUGGCGUUAUCAUUCGGCUAAAGAAUCUGUUGCUGCGGUACUUGCAAAGAUACUGCAAUGAGACCAGUUUUCGGCUGUCGUUGAUUCAAGACUUGCAGCAACCAAACAUUCUUGUUCAGCUGAGAGUCUUAGGGCUUUUUGGCAAGAUGUUGACUGGACCGUGGAUGACACUGAUCUACAAAAAUGAGAGAAAGAUGAAACAUCUGGAAAUGAUCCCUCAUGUGAAGGUCUGCAUUGACAAACUAAAGGCUAUUGUGGAUUCUCCAGAGAAUCUCCUCUCAAUGCCAACUGAUUGCUUUGGUCAGACUCUGGAUACUGAAGAUUUCGUUUUGAGAGCCCUGAGAAAUGUGACUGUUGAUGAAGUAUUUAUCGAGAUCACAAAAGAACUUGCUGAAGGUUUUUGUAAGGUGCUACAGAGACAGCUAUCUAGCUAUCUGGAUGGCUCCCUUUCAAAUCCUGAUGCAGAGACUGUGAUAAGGACAUCUGAAGCUCCUCUUCACAACAUGCACAGUGAAAGGGCUCUUGGAAUGUUUGAUUUCCAGUAUCACAGGGCUCACAAUGCAACAGUUGGUUUUAGAGAUGGCAAAGUCAAGUUUGUCAUCAACAAGACGAUGUCCUGGUUGGAGACUAAGUCAGUUGAGGAACAGCAGAGAAUUGUUUCCUUUGCGCGUCGAUUUGCUGCCAAGAGACGAGAAGAACUGACAGCUCGGGAGAAACAGAUCUCAGUUGCUUUGAGAGAGAGGCUGAUGAUGAUGGCACAGCAAAGGGAUAAGAAACAACGUUCUCAGCUAGAGAAGGCUAUCAGAAAUGGCACAGAAGACCUCAGCAAGAUCCCCCCAGAGAGGAAGGCCUACUGUGAUCUGAUUCUGGCAAAGUCUCCAACCCUGAUUGGCAAGACCCUUCAUCAUGUAUGGACAAAUAACCAGGUGGAUACAGUUUUCAAAGGAGAAGUGACAAACUUUCAGGGAAGUAACAUUUUUAUUUUAUACACUUCAGAAACUGAAGCUACUGAGUUAUCUGUCUAUGAGCUUGUUGCAGAUAUUAUUCUAGGAGAUGCCAGUUUUGUGACUGAUUAGAUAAUAAUGUAUAUAUAUGCUAAUGUAGACUCAUGAUUAACUUUUUUUUAUGUGACAGAGCUGUGCUGUACAGUACAUUUGGCAUUGAUCCGAUGAGAGCAAGAAUUCUUACUCUGCAAGCCUAUGGAUAAUCAAAUGCCUAAUCGGGGAAGUAACUUUAUUUUUUCAAUUUAAUCAUUUUUUUUAAAUGUAUAUAUAUAAUUAAGUUUACUUCAUACUAGAAAUGCCUUAUCCACUCAUGUACACAUCUAUUAACCGUCAUUGUUCAGUACCUAACAGAACUUAUGUUAAAAUAGAAAUGAAAUUGAGCCUCAGUGGGCAAAGUAUGAAACAAUUUCAUAUUUUCCAGAUUUUAUAUUUACCAUACUGGUACGCAAAGAUGAAGUGGGUCAUUUCUUGUUACUUUUGUCCCUGAUCUGUUGAGGGGACAUACCAGUACUUGUGUUCACUUAAUCUUUUUAUAGAUUACAAUCCAUAGAAAAGAAUAAUUAGACCAAAAUGUUAGCCUUUUCCGAUUUUCAUUAAUCAGAUAUUUAUAACUAUUGAUAAGCUUUGUCUAGUUGUGGAUUUUUUUUUGGGUGAUAUUUACAUUAAGUUGAAGUUAAUUGUGUCAAUUACUUUUGUCCCUAAUCUGCAAUGUAGUGAGGGGACUGGUAGGUCAUAUUUGCUUCAUCUUUUAAAAUUAUAAACAGUCCUUCAAUUGAUAAUUUCCAACAACAAACAAAUUCAUUAUGUGCUUACCCAUCAAAUCUACUUUAUAAAGUAGAAUGUGAGGUGUAUGUAUGUAUGUAUAUAUGUAUUUAUGUAUGUGACGAAUAGAAAACAAAACCGCUUGACCAAUUUUAAGGAAACAUGUUGCAUAUCUGGGAUGUUAUUUAUUUAAUAAUUAUUUAAUGUGAACAAUAUUUCACAAUACAGCUGAUGAUUGUGCAAUGAACCAUUUAUAUUAAGUCUUGAUAAUUUUACUUUUUCAGCAAGCCUACAUUGGUAUGCAGUAAAAGUAUUUAUUCUAUUUCAGCAAAACAGAUAGGGUACACCCAAACAAUGUUCAUCUUCAAAUAGUCAUGCAUGAUCCUCACAAGCUUUGGAUACUGACGUACAUUUGCAAAUGCACUCAGACUGAUGACAUCAAGAAACCCAUAUUUGUUAUUUAAAUACUUAUAUUUUAAACACUAGUUGUUUUUUUUUUUUUGUUGUAAAUCUUGUAUAAUUAUGUCUAAAGAUUAAAAUGUUACAGCUCUCAAA